AUGGAAAUGGACACGCUACCCACUGUUCGAAGUGAUUUUCAAUCGUUACACAAUAUGUGGAAAACAAAAGUUCAAGAAGAGCAAAACUUAUCGAAACCGAAACCAGGAACAGUUCGAAGACCACCUUCAAUUAUAGAGAAAGAAUCGGCGCCACAGGUGAUUCUGCAAUCUUUGCCAAGUAUGGAUGACAUCUUCAAUUCGAAACAAACAGUAGUAACUCCAGAACAACUAAAUCCAAUCAAUGAAAAUUUUGUUGAAGAAUCUACAAUCUUCGACGAUUCCGAACAACUUCCACCUCCACCUGCGUCUAUUGUAAUGAAAGAUCAAAUUCAAUCAAUGAUCACAUUAAAACAAUGUGUUGCAAAAAUGUUUGAUUUCAAUACGAAGACUAGUCCUUUUUCGCAUGGGAAAAGUACCGGUAUCCAUCACUGGCACAUUACCAGACAUGUUGUUCGUAGUGGUCUUAUUUUUGCUCGAUCAAGACGUGCAUCGGACAGUAUUAUACCCAUACUAAUCCGUACACAUAUUGCUCAACAACGUCCUCGAAGUGAUAGUCUCGACAGCAUCUACAUGACAACACCAUUGGAAAGUCUGGUUGAUUACUUCGCAUCGGAUAGCAAGAUUUCUACACAGAAACCUAAAGCUCAGAAGAAGAUAUUCAUCAAACGAACAAUAUCAGAUUCAACCGGUUGCAUCGAACGAAAUAGAUUAAACGAGACAAUUUCUCAAUAUGAAACGUUAAUGCGUCACUUGAAAAACUAUGAUAAAUUUAUGUCAACAUAUCCUACCUCAACAUCUGUGCCUCUGGAACAUUCAUUUACUGACUUGGAGAAACGCAUAAGCAGAGUCGAAGUAGACCUUCAACAGGAUUCAACGAGAAAGUCAUCCAUGCAAAGUCGACAAACACAAUCGUUGGCGAGAAAUGCUGGUCGAACAUUCACGGAUUUUGUCAUGAACGAUCUGCGCUUGCCGCCAUCAGCAGGAAAAUCAUUGUCGAACGAACCGCAACGAUUAAAUACUGUUCAUGCUGCAUCGCAAACAGAUUUAACCGAAAUGGUUCAAAAGGUCGAUUCAACUGUUGAUGCAAGUGUGGUAGACGAAACAAAAGAAAUUCUACAACAACUGGAUAAUGUUCUAAUCAACACAGAAGACAAGAAAGAAGUACCCAUCACAGCUAAUGGUGAGAUUAAUGUCAUUGUCGUGAACUCUCCUGUGGUUAAUGAGCCAAAAUUACAGAAGAAGGAAACACCAUUGAUGCAACGUUUAUUUGAAGGCAAAAAAUCGAUAUAUACACCAGAGAAUCUUGAAAUGGAAACCAUGCGAUUAACUGAUGAAUUAAAAACUACGUUUGAACUCGCCAAGAAAAAAUGCUUUUUUCCGUCCGAGACGAUUUUGUUUUUGAAAUCGAUUGUAGCACAAUAUGUAACCAAAAUGACUAAAAUCGAUCGUCGAGGUUACAAGCAACAUGUUCGAAUCUUAUGUAUUACAAAUGAACGACUUUAUAAUAUAACGAAGAAGGAUCCAUAUCCGAAAGAGGCUGUUCUUUUCGCUGAUAUUCUUGGUAUUGGUAUGACACCACGUAAAGAUGGUCUUGUUUGUAUUCAUACUCGAGAAACACGUGAAGAUCGAGGUGAUUGGCUGUUCCUGCUCGAUUAUCCAUGCGAAUUUGUCGUUCAGCUGUUUAUGGCAAUGAAGCGAACGAAUAAUGAUGAUCAUUUGUUAAAAAUUCGACCAAAGUUUCAACAUACUCGUCGAAGUCUCGCUACGAUUUCGGAUGAUUGUAUAAUCGAAUCUCGACCAUCCGAUGUAUUUCGAAUCGCUUUUGAAAACUACGAAAUUUUAGCAAUUUAUUCGCCAUGA